GGCACAUUGGUUGACUUACGGGCGAGUGCAUUGUUUAGGUGAAGGCGGGCUGUAUUCUUCGACGUCACAGCUCUCCUGUUUUGGGGCAUUGCGAGGUGAUCUUAGCAUGAAUAACUUCGCUGGUUUUGAAGCCUGGGUGAAUGAGCUGUUUCGGUGAAACUCGAGGAUUUGGAGAAUCUUUAGCCUAAUCACUCUUUUUGUUUUUUUUUUGUUUUUUAAUGCACUUUCUGGUUUGCCUAAUACAGGCUCUCCCGUAAGGCAGCCGUAGUUAAUCGUGGUGGCAGUAUACUUAGUAUGCGGGCUACUGAACGGGGCUGUUGCGUUCUCCCAGGCCCUUCAAUUUGGUGCCACUAAUUGCGGUGCUUAGAUUACGUCAAAACAACGCAUCCCACGCCGAUUGUACAUUACGUAUGUGAUGACGUCACUUUGAUAUACGUCACUUUGACGUAUGAGAGUGUGGAAGGUCGCCCGCGACAAACGGCGUGUGCAGCCGUCGAAACGUCACAAUCGUCGCAGUCUAAGGAACAGUGCACCAGCAGACAGCCGGCGGUUGGGCCCAUCCCACUCAAGAGCUUCGCGACCAAGGAUGUGCCAGAGAAAAAGCUGCCAGUCGCUCCGGUGGUCCACACAACUCCACCUGGCUCCGGGCAGAUGCCACAGCUGCCAAAAGGAAAGCCUGAGGUCAAGAGCGAGUCCGAUUCCAAGCGAGGCUCCAAGCGCGACCCCAAGAACAAGGUCAAGUCGUCGGCCAGCAGCGGCAACAGCGUCAACAUUGGCAACCUCGGCAGCAGCAACGCUAGCGGCAUCGCCAAGCCCGAGGCCUCGUCUUCCAGCAAGCCCGUGGACGCGCCGGCGGCUGAGCCCGAGGUGAAGAAGCCGGAAGUGACAGCGACGACUUCCGCUGCGGAGCCGCCACCGGCGGAACCGGAAGUGCUCUUCCCCACCUGCAGCACGGGAGCGGUGCCCAAGCGCAUCGUCGUUCACGCCUCCUCCUCCUUGUCGACUUCGUCGUCGACCAAGCGAGGCACCGCUCACGGUGACUCGCAUAGCGGUUCCAAGGGCAAGGCCCGUUGGGCGUCGUCGGGCCGCAUCCAGCGGCAGGCGUCGGUGUGCAUACCGUGGUACGAGGAGGACCAGUGGUACCAGGAGCCGCAGUGCAGCUACUGGCCCAGCCCGCCCCUGAGGCGGCUCAGCGUGCCGGCGCGCCUGACGCCCGCUGCGCCACCGUCGUCCUCGCCGCCUCGUCGGGACCUCUCGGGCGAGGGCUGGUCCGAGGUGCCCGCUUCGCUGAGGGAGUCGGCGAGCACCGAGAACCCGGGGCUGCUGGAACAGAGCCUGGACCGGAUGGCUCGCAGGUUGCUGCUGAAAUCUCGCUCCCUGGAAGAGGAGCCCACGACGGGCGGCUCCGUCGUCUGCUACAACGACAUCGGCAGCAAGGAGGCCGUCGACUACGAGGAGUCGCUCUCGUCGCCUGGCGCUUUUACGCCCGAGAGCGACGACCCGAGCGAGGAGGACGCCGAGACGGUGAGGAUGCAGUACCGGCAGCUGUGGCAGCUCAGGGCCACCUUCGAGGAAGAGGAGACCACCACCGACUGCUUCGAAGAGCUGUCCACCGCCGAGGCCGCGUCGCACGUCGCCGAGGGCGAAGAAGAGGACCGGCGGCUCCUGCAGCAGCACCGCAACACCGGGUUCAGCACGUCGCAGGAGUCCGAGGCCACCGACGAGCAGCAUGCCAGGUCGUCCGGCGGAAGAGCGCACGGGGUGCCCAGCGAGGUGCGGCGCCAGAACUACAAGGUCCUGCUGGCCCGCCGGCUGCAGCGCCGGGUCGACAAAGGUUCGGCGGACAACAGCUUCGACAGCAUGGAGACCGACUGUUCCUCGACGGACGCCAGCCGGACCGAGGGCGGCGUGACCACGUCCUCGUUCGACUCGACGACCGACAAUACGGACGGCGGCGGCGGCGGGACCGGCGGAGCGGACGCUCAGGGGCACGCCUCCCGGCUCCAGCAGAUGAAGGCCGACAGCGGCUACAAGUCCAUGGAGAGCAGCAACGGCAACAAGCCGGCCAAGCUGAGCCGCAAGCACGUCCCGCUGCAGGAGCUGCACGCCGCCUCCGCCGGGAGCAGCGGCGGGGCGCCCUCUUCCAGGAGGUCGGCGCUCCGCAAGCGACGCCAGCUGGAAGGCGGACUCCUGCAGAUGAGGGCCCGCUCCGAAGAGGCGCCCCCGUCGUGCUCGUCGUCCAACCUAACCUCGGGCCCGACCGCGGCCGAGGCGGCCGAGGCCCUCCAGUCUUCGAGCCUCUCCUCCGAGCCUCUGGGAUCUCUGCAGCAGGAGGCCCAGGGCAAGGUGUCCGUGUUCCAGAGGUUCUUCCGCUCCACGCGCCGGACGAGCAGCGCCCGGUCGGCCUCGUCGGGAAGCAACGGCGGCGGCUCGGGCUCCAAGCGCCUGCUCAUGCGCGACUUCAGCAUCGACCCAAAGACUGACGCGCUGUUCCGCGAGUUCUCGAGGCGGGACCCGGCGUACGACUCGCCGCGAAGCUGCUCUUCCUCGGGCCAGGGUGCGAGCCCGAGGCUCGGUUCUUCCAGGCUGCUCUCGCCGCAGCUCAGCAUCGAGGAAGAGCAAGGCUCGGAGGACUCCCACUCCGCCAUGGAGGACGACUGGAAGCCUCAGGGACCCUGCUGCGACGUGCCCAUCGCUAGGUUACCGACGGACUAAGUGGACGCGAGGCGGUCGCUAAGUGGGGUGUGAACUGCGCGCGGCGGGGAUCGGCGAUUCGGUGUGCUCUUGUGUUUCGCGUUCCACUACGCAUGCCUUCCUAGCGAGAAUUCGUCGAUGGGAAAGCCAGGCUCGACGCGUAGACACGCACGCGCGUGUCUUUGUAGGGCGAUGAGCCAGCUUCCUCUCGAUGAAUUUUACUUCAUAGCAGUUUUCAUGAGAAGCCACGGCUCACGAGGAAGGAAGAAUGAUGACAUCCCGUCGGUCUGCAUUCAUUGCGUGUAGGUGAGCGACUGCUGGGGUUCACGUAACAGUGCCUACUGUUGCUGAUGCGCAUGCCUGAGGCCAUUGGAUGAAAUUUUUUAAACUCGAAGACGAGAGUUUGCAAACUGCCUUGAGGGCGCGCACGGAAUAUUCGAGGUAUUUGUAAUUAGCGGAAUUGUACGACGUUGCAGUCGUCUUUCAUCGCUAGGAUGCGCUCAGGGUGUCAUUAUGUGCGUUGCAUUUCGUGUGUGUUGCCAUGCAAGUUUUCACACUGGAGCCUCUGAGUGCAGUUCUUGGUUUUUAUCAGCCGUGCGCGGUGAAAUUUCGCACCGAUCCGAUGGCCGUCGUAAGCACAGUGAAACAUGCUUUUCGGCGCAGAUUCAGAGAAUUUGCGCCGGCGUUCAGAGGUGCCACUUUCUUCGAUAUCAGUGGUACAAAUAUGUAUAUAGGAUAUUCCCUGCGCCGUUAGAACUAUUUCUUUGAUCGCAGCCACAUUUCUGUUAAAUGUCUCGAUGUCCUCCGCACACGCUAGCGCGACUUUUUACACCGCGGACUCCUAGCCUAAGCCUUUGUUAAUUUUCUGAAUGCACCUUGUUUGAGAUUGUGAUGCAAAGGACGACCUAUGACGAGUAGAGAGAGAUCUAAAGGUAAAUGCCUUUGUUGUGCCUCGUUAACUGAGGCAAUUGUUUUGUUCACUUGACCAGCCUUACAAGCUAUGGCGUGGUCUUCCGAGACAUCAGCACGAAGAUCAAGUAGCACGGGAGUUGUUUUUUCCUUUUCUUUUCUUUUCUUUCUUUGCAUAAUACUCAAGACGGCCGUUGACCGAAAUAGUCGUUUGUAUGUUAACGAACGGCCACAGCAAGUGAAGGCACUUUGCCAUCCUACUUUCACUUUGUUGACCAUGACUAGAGCAACGCUUCUCGCUAGCUCCGCUCAAUGACCCGGCUAUAGCGGGACACUCUUUUUUGAAUAACACCGAGAAAGAACUCGCCACACCCCGACCGUGGUCGGUAGAGCAGAAGACCCGCGCGGGCCUUAGGUAAGUCGCGGAAUCAAAUGUAAAUACUUUUUACUUUAUCUCAGCUAUAGUUGUUGUAGUAAGCGACCCUUCUUAUCGACCACGCUAACAUAUGGCGCACCAACCACAAGACGGGAAAUCCUCUCUGUUUUAGGGAGAGGCCUUUCUUAUCUGCCGGACCACCGCGACGACGGGCUGGCCACUGUAACCACGAGUGGUUUCGUUUUCCUGUGUGCGAUAACCAGCGGAAUGUUAAGGGGGUCCUGAAAUGGCCGUGACAGGGGAAAUUAUCGCUUUGAUUUUCGCAGUGAUUCGCUCACUGCUUUUGUUAAGUUAGGCUCUUCCGUGAAAAACGGGAGAGGCUCGCAUGGUGGCACGCCUCGCAGGCUACUGCAGCUGGAUGCGACGAUAAAUGAAAGAAUGUCCACAAGACGUGCGAAAAACACAUGAAACACGCGCGAGAUACACAAUUAGCAUAGUAUUUAACUGAGCUAGUUUGUUCAUAGCUAAGACGAGUUUGGAACAGCUUAACUAAAAACAAAGAGCUACGAAAGAGAGAGUGAGAGACAAGGGUAGCGACGUCUUUCUCUGUCUUCUUUGCUGGUGUUUUUGUUUUUAUUAUUAUUUUGCUCACCUGUCCAAAACUCGUCUUAUGUACAGAAGCAGAGUGUUUCGUGAGCGCCAGUUUCCUUAACGCCAGUGUCUUUCGGGGAAGUUACAACCGCCUUCAUUAUUGUUAUUGUGCGUUCGAGCCAUCGUUGGCUGAACUAUGCAUAAGAGAAUACAGCGCUCGCUGGUGCGAACAAGCGUGAAAAGUAAAUAAAAGAAGGCGUCGUGUUGCACUGGACGGUACCCUGGCACCGCACAGUAAUGCACACCACCCUCGAGAAGCCGGGGGGGGGGGGGAAUUUAGGUAUUUCAGUUUUGUUUUCUACCCCUCUUUGUGCACCCUUCUAUCAGCCGGGCAUCGGGAUGCCUUCUCUCAUUUUAAUGGUCAUUAGAACGACGAGCAAAAAAAGAAAGAAAAGAUAGAGGCGCAGCGUAGUUUCCCUUGCAUCGCCAAGGGCCGCGCAUUUAAGAAUUCAUGAUACGGUGGGCGUAAUAAGGCGUUUACUUACACAUAUUCUCCGUUGCACACACUUUUGACAACCAAAUACACUCUCUAAACGCGCUAACAGCUUUGCGAUUCUGCCAAACGUUUCACGCGCAUUAUUUCUCAGUGAUGAAGUGCCGGGAGGGCAGUGUUUCACAACUGUAGGGCCAAUGCCCGAGUAGUAAUUUCGUCAGCAUGGGUCUUUGAAUUGAAUGAAGCUUUUUAUUGGUAAUAUGUUCUGCAGUAAUUAAGCGUAAAAGUUUGCAGGGAGGAGAGUAGGUGCUUUGUCAAGUCCUUCUGGAGCUGAUUUUCAAAGUGGAAGGAACAGUAUUUGGAUUCCGAGGAGACCGUGAUAUGUUUUUGGAAAUGUACAACUUUGAAUCCUGAUUAGUGCUAAACUUUUUUACACCCUUCUGGUUACUAGGGGAGUAAGGAGCUGAUUUAACACCCUCCAAUGCUUUCAGCACUAGGAAAGUGCUACGCACCCUCAAGACGGCUUAAAGUAGCCUACACCACACUUGCUCGACGGUUUCCCGCGUUCGUGCCACUUAGAUUCUCGAAGAUACGGGAUUUCAGGGUUAACAUAUUCAACAGAGAAAACGUCAGCUUUGACCGAAAUAUAAGAAAGCUAUUUCAGGGCCCCCGUUCAAAGCUUUGCAUAAUACUCUCAGCUGUACCGCAGUACAACACGCUAGUCUCGGUUUUGCGGCUGACCGUAGAUGAGUUUGUGCUUACCACUGGAGUUCGUGUUCCCGGAGCAAUUUCUUCUCUUUUCUUUUGCGUGAGAUUUUGCUGACGUGUAGAGUGUUUCUGACCCCCGCCAAAAAAGCAAACGUUGUAAAGAGAGAAGAGGUUGUGUGGUUGAGAAGACCGUGCCUGUAGCGAGUUUUCAAUGUUUCGCUUUCACUCUACGCACAGCCAACGCGGAGAAUGUUCUGGCCAAAAUUCAGUUUCACCACCACGUGACACGAGUGUGUCUUUCGCGACUGUGGCGUCCACUGGGAGCCGUGAGUUGUGCAGUUUUCAGAGCCUUAUACAUACAUACAUAUAUAUAUGUUGGUUUGAUUUUACGAGAAAGAAAUGUUUGUACAGGUGGGUAUACGUUUUAUCUGGUUGCAGGAGUGGACGUUUGUUCAUUUGUGAUAAAGAUGGCUCGGAGGACCCGUUUAUAUACGAUGCCUGUUAUAUUGUAGUUAGCCCUUAAAUUGACCGUGUUUCUCGUUGAAGAAUAUCUUUGUUCUCGUAGCUUUUGCUGCCUUAACAAACUUGCUCCGGCUUGUUUCGUUGUAAAGUUUUUUUUUCUCGGACUUGCGCAGUGUGCUUUCGAUGUGGUCACAAUUGAGCGGCCAUUAGCGACCUCUCGCGGGACAUUCAUUUCCAAAAAAAAGAAGGCUCUUUAACUCUCGUGUGCUACGCGAACACGCGAGAGUGCUCGCUUGUAGUCGGGAAAAUACAGGUAAGAUCUUCGAUGUUCUCAUGCCGCGACGGGUGAUAAUAGUGUGUUAUGUGAAAGAACCAAAGAGAAAAAAAAAACUGAUUGUGCCACACACGUCACAGUAAUUACUUUUCAAAUUCCCGACAGGUGUCGCUCGUAUCCGAGCGACGUCUUGCCGUCUGCUGCACAAAGCUUUAAAACGUGUCGUCUUGACCGUCGAAGGAAAUGGUCUGCAGGGUCAACGGAAGAGAACUGCCGCUGUGUCAUCGGAUGAUUACGUGACGAUUCCUUGGUAAUCUGAAAGCCCUGAUGCUCUCUCUGGAGUUCGAGGAUUAAAGAUGGU